AUGGGUAGUGUUUGGUUGAAAAAUUUUUUCGGUUUGAAGCAAACUCAAUUCGAGUUGUUGCAAGUGCCGAAUCCAAAAACCGAACACUGUAUUCAUGUAACACUGCGGUGUGCUCAAGCAGGCACCGUGCUCGGUAGUUUGCUAGGUCCAUUGGUUGUGUUUUUGAAUAGUUCACAAACGAGAAAGAGUUCAUCUGCCGAAAUGCGAGAUGCAUUCACCUCGGGUGGUAUUAAUGGAGCGUUGAUUGGAACGCUUGUAGGCACUGUGAUGUCUGCAGUGACCAUAAAUAACAUGAAUUCGGUUCAGCUGUACGACAAGUGCUAUCGGGCAAGAUACGAUACGGACCAGCUGACAUUCGACCGUACAUGUGUGCUGGGCGCUGCGCUUGGCUCACUUAGCUCAGGUUCUUUUGGUUUGGUGGUGGGUGUUGAUUUGGCACUACUCAUCUCAAAUGUGCUCUCAGCAGUGAGAAAAUAA